UUCGGAAAUUAUCGUCUGCAAUGGAGUCAUAUUUUUGCUUAUCAAAAUUUGUUCAUAUUUUUGUUGAGAAUUCGCCAAAAUUAUGUCAUUUGUCUAUCGUUUCUCAAUCCGGUCGCGGUCAAUGCAGAAAAUCCUCGGUCGUUUGACAAUAUUCGCCUGAGUAUAAUAUUGUUGUUAUAUUCACUGUCGACCCUGGAGACAUCUUGUGAUAAAAAACCAUUAUUGCGGCAAGUUACUUGGCUGUCUGAUUUUGUCUUCACGUGAAACGAGUAACAAAAUUAGAUUGGUGCUAUUCGGGGGUCCGCAAACAUGGAUGUGUCGUGGGACGCGGAUAACUUUGAGCCUAAACUACCAACCACGUUGACCACUUCGAAUAAAUGGGAAGGCGAAGAUGAGGAAGAGAUCGUGAAGGAAAGUUGGGAAGACGAGGAGGAAGAAAAGAAAGAUGAGGAGAAAACUGAGGUACCCGCGCCUCCUCCGGCAAAGCCGAAGAAGAGAAUCCAGGACAAAAUAGCCGAGAAAGAGCGUUUGGAACGCGAGAAGGCUGAACGGAUAUCUGUGGAGAAGGUUGAAGAACUGACCCCUGAACAGAAGCUGGCGGAGAAACUCCGCGCUCAGAAACUCCAGGAGGAGUCAGACCUGAGGCUCGCUAUGGAGACCUUUGGUGUAACAGAAGUCGGCACAGGCAAGAUUGAUGGCUUCCAGCCGACCACAAAGGAGGAGUUCACCGAGUUUGCAGACAUGCUCACCAAGAAAAUAUGCUUGUAUAAGGCCAGGGAUGAGUUCCCAACCUUUAUUGAUGAGUUCAUCAGAAAUAUUGUUGUUCAAUUGCCAUCAGCAGACAUUAAAAGGAUAAAGAUGACAGUGGACAACUUAUACAUUGAGAAGCAGAAAUCUGAGAAAAUGGACAAGUCCAAGAAGCCAACCAAGGGCAAGGGGAAGGCUAAAUUAAAAGUUGAAGGCGAUAAUGCUCAUCUCAAUCAGUACGACACAUACGGCAAUUUCGACGACGACUAUGACGAUUUUAUGUAAUACAUCACAUCGUUUGUUUGUAAGUCGGUACCUGGAGGCAGACGGCACCCAUGUCAGACCACUUUGUGUCUUACGCACCCUCUAUACGGGCCAUUGUUGCUUGUAAACUGAUGUACGCCCACAUAUGUACUGUCUACAUUAUUUUACUCAUUUAGUAAUUUUACUCUAUGUAACAUAAAAAUAUUUUUAUAUUUAAACUAGCAUAGUCGAUAUUAGUGUACAAGCAAUAAUCAUAAAGUAUGACUUGAAUUCAUAGUUGAAUGUAUAUGAGAAACAAGCGAUCAAAAUUCGUAUGAAACUUUUUUAGUUUUGUUACAAAGCCUUGUAUGAAGAGGAUUUAUGUAUAUUUAAAUUAUUGAUAGCUAUUUUGUCCACGCUUUUUUAUUUAUGCGUUCGUCCCCAGGUACCCAGGCACGUUACAUUAAUUUGAUCAAUGUGAAAAUAAAAUGAAACAUAGUUACUACAAAAUGUUAAAAAUAUAUAGUUUAUGUGACAAGUUCAUGUGAAAUGCUUCAUCAAGUCAUUAGAUUAAGAUUUAGUACAACAAUUUUAAUUUAUUUUACUACUAAAAUAAUAUUAGAAUUUCACAAUCGCAAUGUAUGGCAUAAACUUUGAAAAGGUAAAAAAUAACAGCAUUUUAUCAUUGUUUUCAUGUAACGCAUGUGUUUAUUCAAACGUAGGUCUAUGAAAUGUAAACGAAAUUAUGCUUCCAUACUGAUUUCGAUAUUACUAACUUAUUUAAAAUAAACGGACCUCUUUAAGUGCUCAAUGUAAUCACAAGUAAGCGUCAUAGGUUUAUUUAUAUAUUUUCGUACAUAUAAAACAUUGUAAUGUUAUUGUAACGUGCCUAUAGCCAUGUAUAGCCUAUAUACAUAUAUACAAUGUAA